AUGGAGCUCGAUGAGAAUCUUGUCGAGCUGAGUACAAUGACAAAGUUUCAACAAAUGUGUAAGGAGAGACUUGGUAGAUUACCAACUCUAAAAACAAUCAAUAAUAUAUUCAAACCAUUAAAACUUCUUCUUUCUGAUUGUUUUGAAAUGAAAGCAGAUGUAUUUGACAUAUUCCCUUAUGUGGGUGCUUUAAUUUUUAAAAAGCAUGUCUUUUUAAAUCCAGAUAUCAUUUCAGCAAAUAUUUCAAUCGAUUUGGAAACUGUUAAAACCCUUAUUAGAGCUGGAUUAGUUUCUUGCUCCGAAGUACACCCAGAACUUUACGAAUUAGCUUCAAACAAACUUGGAAUUGCGAUUAAUGAUUGGCAACUAUAUUCUAUUCCAAAUAUAAAGCAGAGUAGAAAUUUUAUUACAUUUUUAAUACAGAAAAAAGUUAAUGAUCUUUCAAAAUUUGAAGAAACACAUCAAUAUAUUAAAGUUUUUAACACAGAUACAUCUGACUUAAUAGAUAUCCCUCCUGUUCGCCAAGGCCAAUUUAAUACUAAAGAUUUUGGCCUUUAUUACAUAUCGAUGGUCCCUGCAGAUCGAAUUUCGCAGAAAGAGAAAUGCUGGCUGUUUAAAUGA